UUGCAUCACUUAAUCUUCAUAUUUCAUUAUAUAUUUCUCUUCUUUCAAUUUCAAGAAACAAAAAAUACUAUUCAGAAAAUGGCAAGCCAUCAGGAUAAUCUUAGCCACAAGGCUGGUGAGACCGUUGGCCAAGCUCAGGUAAAGAAAGAUGAGAUGAUGAACCAACCCACUGCUCACGACCAAUCUGCUACCCAAACUGCGUCUGAUCUCAAGGACCAAGCUGCAAAUUUCCUUCAACAGACUGGAGAGCAAGUGAAGAACAUGGCUCAAGGAGCCGCUGAGGCAGUGAAGAACACACUUGGGAUGAACACUGAUAACACUUCAAACCCCAACAGCAACAAUCCAACCAACAACCCUACCACCAAUCCAUCCAACAACCCUACCACCAAUCCAUCCAACAACCCUACCACCAAUCCAUCCAACAACCCUACCAACAAUCCAUCCACUAGAAUUUAAAAACAUGAAGCAUUAACUUACUUCAUCUUUUUUUUUUGUUUUUUUUUCCUUUUUUGGUUUUUUUUUUUAAAUUAAAUUUUCUUUUUUUCAUUAUGAGCAAAUGAAAAGAGUGAACUUAAUGGUUUUUUAUGUAUAAAUAAAUUGGAAGGAAGAGUGUGAUGUAUGGAUCCCCUUCCUUUUCUUAAUUAAAUUUAAUUUCUAGUCUUUUUGCCCUAUUCUCUCA